GGUAUAAAAAGACAAUUGUACCUUAGAGUCCAAUAGCUUCAAAACUUUUUCUUACCUUUGAAAUUGAAAACACGAAUUAGUUCAUCUCCGAAAGUGUUCCAUGUCCAAUUUCCAUAUCAAAUUAGGUUAAAACAAAGGGUAUAUAUAGAGUCCCGCCCGACAAUCUGCAGUGUGUUUGAAACAAAGUUUCCAAUGAAAUACUUUGGUGAGUCUUAAAUCAAGAGGAUCCAUAUCAAUCCAUUUAAUACCUUCUUCCCAGGUCUCAUAUCAGUCAGUGGCUGGCCGGUUCACGGAAGACUUCUAUCGACUCUUAGCCAAGGAUAAUGCGCAGAAGAAUCUAAUUUCCUCUCCGCUCUCCGUUAAGAUAGCUAUGGCCAUGGCGUACAUGGGAGCUGAAGGGACAACAGCAGACGAACUACGAACCGCCCUGAACCUAACGGGGGAGAAAAAGCAGGUGGCCAGCAAGUACAAGGAACUCCUUAAUGACCUCCUAGGGCGGGAAAAGGAUGCGAUUCUUGAACUGGCUAACCGGAUAUACGUCAAUGAUGAAUAUAGUCUGGUGCCAGAGUAUAAUGAAGUAUUGAGAGACUCCUUCAAGGCAGAAGCUGUGACCAUCAGUCUUAGCAAUGCUCAAAGUGCAGCCGGGAAGGUCAACCAGUGGGUGUCGGAUCAGACUCGUGGCAAAAUCAGGGAAAUAGUUACCUCCAGUGACAUGAAUCGUGGUCUAAAAGCCUUGCUCCUGAAUGCCAUUUACUUCAAAGGCCAAUGGCAGUACAAGUUUGAUAAAAGCGAAUCAAAAAAGAAGUAUCAAGUAUCCAAAGAGGAGCGCUCACCUGCCCAGAUGAUGUCCCAGUUGGGAACAUUUAAAGCUGCUUACCUGUAUGACUGAGAUGCCAAAGUGAUCGAAUUGCCAUAUCGAAACUCCACCAUGUCAAUGCUCAUCUUUCUCCCGAACAAGGUGGAUGGUCUUAGCGAAUUGGAGGAUAAGAUAAUAGGCUUCUCAAGACCUUUGUUCGAAAGGAAAGUGUAUGUCAAGCUGCCAAAGUUCAAAAUUGAGUUUGAAAAGGAACUAACGGAUUACCUUAAAAUGGUUGGUAUAUUUUUAUCCUUGUUAUCAAGGGAUUUAAGUAUUGUUCUCGUACCUGCAGUUGGCCAUUCGCUUGUGCUUAAAUCAAACAUCAAAAUUAAUAAAGUCUUGCAAAAAGCCUUCAUAGAGGUAAAUGAAGAGGGCGCAGAGGCAGCAGCUGUCACAGCGGUUUUAAUACCAGUGUCUCGGCAGCUAUCUAAGGAACCUCGAGAAAUAAUAAUUGAUUUCAUAGCUGAUCAUCCGUUUGCUUACAUAAUUCGUGACGAAAAUACAGUCUAUUUUCAAGGACACGUAGUAAAGCCUGUAGGUUACUAA